AUGCGUCGACCCGAAACCUUGAAGAUUGAUAUCUCAAGGUACAAGGGAACCGAUGAAGAUUCCCUGUUGAGAUGGUUCGUCGAAUUAGACGACGCCAUCAGUGCCCGUCACAUCGAGGGUGACGAGAUGCAAGUCAACUUCGCCCUGUCAAAUUUGACAGGACGAGCAAAGACUUGGGCCUUAGGGCUCAAUCUUGACGACCCAAACGUGUUUGAGUCGUUGGAGAUCUUGAAGUCUCGGCUCAAAGAGACGUUUGAGCUGCCAAGAGCCGAGUUCAGAGCACGCUCUGCACUCCUGAGGCUAAAGCAAGGUAAGCGUGAUGUGCACGCUUACGCACAGCACCUGCGCUACCUUGCGAGUAGCGUUACAGAAAACCCUGUUGAUGAGCACACGCUCAUUAACGUGUUCAUCUACGGCCUUGUAGAUGGGCCGGUGAAAACCUACAUGUUCCGAGAGGACUUCCAUACACUGGAAAAGGCGAUAGCGUAUGCGGAACAAGAAGACUUCAGCCUGAGACAGUCUCAGGCUAACUCGUCAAACUAUCGUCCGACGAGACGACAGGAAACAGGAGGUCCCGAACCAAUGGACCUCUGUUACAUCGAGAGCGAGAACUCUCGCUCUCUGAGUCACAAGCGAACGGCAAGAUGCCAUCGCUGUCAGAAGAUUGGACAAAACUCUCAUGAGUGUAGUGUCCCGAGCACUGCAACACGUCCAAAGACAGGACGUGAUGACCACCGUUGGCCAAGGAAGGGUCCGAGGCGUGGGUCCGACCAUGUCGCCAAGCUGCGACAGCAAGUCGUAUCGCCAAAAAUGGACAGGGUCAGUAGGGCGGAGCACCCUGCUGAUUCAGCAACUUCAAGAGAAUUUGCAAGACUCUUGACGAAGAUUGCUCCCAACACACAGUCGCUGUGUGUUACUGCCCCUAGUGAUGAGGUGUCCCUCAUCACUUUGAAGAUCGAAGUGACAAGUGGAAUGUCACUUUGCGCCCUAGUUGUCUGUGGGGCGUCGAGCAGUUUUAUUCGACGCCAGUCGCUAAGGGAUAGUAGGCUCAACUAUGUUGAGCGAGAGUUCCCUCCAACGAGGAUGACGGUGUGCCUUGCUACAGGCGCAUCCGUAACAGUGAACAAACGUGUAGUGGGAAUCCACUACACGCUAGAAGGAAGGCAGUACGAUGAUGACUUCAUCGUACUAGAUUUGGAUGACAAAUUUGAUGUCAUCCUCGGUCUGCCAUGGCUUAGAAAAUACCAGCCAUGGAUCAGCUGGCAGCAUCGACCCGUGAAGAUGCCUGCAGUUUGUUGGUCGGAUGGCCACCUGAUGAACGUCUUGGAGCGUCCACAAGCGUGUAGAUGUACUACGAGUGAGUGCGAUGGCCUCACUUGUGGUACGGUCGUUAGUGCGACUGCACAAGAUCACAGUGUAGAAGGCCACUACACUGUGGAACCAGCUUCCGGCACCUGUGUAGAAGAUCUCAGGCUGCGCCGAAGGUUCACCACUCGAAGAGAUUGA